CGAAUUAUUUCGAUUCUCGAGGAAGACACAACUUUCGAGUAUCGAUAACAAGUAAUCGAUUUGUUAAAUUUAAUUGGAAUAAACACGACAUUAUUGUUACAAAUAAAAAUGAUUCUGCUCCGGUUGAAGUGGAAACCGUAACACCAGGCGAGAUUAGCAUGGACAGGUUAAAAUGCGUGUUUGUGGACAAAGAUGGAAGUCUUACCAAAGAGUCCCAAUCCAUUAUAAGCAAUACAUUACUUGGCGGACUGAUAGGAUUCAUCAUUGGAGGAGUAAUCAGAACUGUGGACGUGCCAGAGAAUUUCAAGAGAGAGAAUCAAGCCACUCUGUUUAGGAAUCGAUUUGACGCAAACAAGCAACUGCAUCAGACAUAUUCCAUAGAAUUCAUCAAAGGAGGCAAAACAAUGGCUUUUAAGAUUGGAACUUUUUGCUUUCUCUUUCAAUCCGCAACAAUGGUUCUGUAUGCAUUUAGAGGAAAAUAUGAUCUAUCAAUUUUUACUGGUGCAGGUCUUAUAACAGGUGCAUUGUACAAAAUGAACAUGGGACUGAAAGGAAUGACUGCAGGUGGAUUUGUUGGCACUGUUUUAGGGACCAUUUAUGGGGCUGUAACAUUAACAAUAUUAUAUAUAAUGGGGGUUCAUCUUGACGAUGUAUAUGAUAUGCAUCUUAAACUCGUAAAAAAGAGGCAUGAGAAAAUAGAAGACAGAGCCAAAAGUUACGUAGACGAAGAAAUGAAGAUGGCGAAAGAUAUAUAUAUAAACAAUAAAAUGUUGCAUCAUGCAUUGGACAAGCCAAAGGUUGACAAGUGAAAAGUUCUCUAAAACAAAUAUAGUUAAAACCUUCAUAAAUCUGUAUAAAUUCUUGAUUAACUGAUAAUUAUCGAGCAACGCCAAUUAUGUACUAAAUACAGAAACAAAAUACAAAGACAGUUACUUCAAUGCGUGAUUGUAU